GACAUCAUUAUCACUCAUCAACACACUCAUCUUACAACAUCAUCUUCUCCACGUCAUCCCUCACCCAUACUUGAACAACACACCAAAACCACAUCUCCAAAACAACCACAUCCUUCAACCGUCACAAUGAAGUUCACCGCCGCUUUCGUUGCUCUCCUCUCCGCCACCGGCGCCAUCGCCGCCCCGGCCGCCUCUUCCGACAGCGUCUCUAUGAUGGCUGCCACGCCUCAAUGGACCAUUCAGGGCCUUAGCCGCUCAUGCGAUAAGCCCGACACCACUUGCACCUGGAACUUCAAGAUCAACACCGGUAGCGGCGCUGCCACUGCUUGCAAGUACGUCGUCAAGGGCAAGAGUGCUUCUAAGGCGAACGGUGGCCCUGCUAAGUGCGGCACUUUCACCAUCACCUCCGGUUGGAGCGGCCAGUUCGGCGCCGACAAGGGCUUCACCACUCUGUCUGUUGUCAGCAGCAAGAAGCAGAUCAUCUACCCUGCCUACACCGACAAGCAACUGGCUGGUGGUAAGGUUGUCAAGCCUGACCAGUCCUACGCCCCUGCUGCUCUCCCCUAG